AUGGAAUUGUACAAAACUCGACUUUUUCCUCAUCAUCUCCCUUCUUCACCAAUCACUACUCCUUUAUCCGUCCUCGAUCCUACCGUCGCGCGCUUUGCUCCAACAGGCGCAAUUUGGCUAUUCGAUAGUUUCCCCGAGAACGUCCCAGAAAGGGAAUUCAUCGAUCGUCUCCAAUGCUCCUUUGUGCAAACAAUAUCGGAUUACCCCCAGUGGGCCGGUCAGCUGCAAUGGGCUGCAGUUCGAGAGAACGGCCUUCACAGCGAGCGCUUCAACCGGCCCAUGGUCGUCUACGGGACGCCUGACGACCCUGGAGUUGAGUGGCGUGUCAUCAAACGAGACGACAUAUCGGUCGAAUCGCUAGUCCCUCCAGCCAUGGAACGAGCGAGCGUGGGGACUUGGAACGGGGAUAAUUUCACCCAGAGAGAUUUCCUGAGUGAAAGCCCAUUGGCAUUGCAUGAUCUGCGUGAAUACCAGGGAUUACCUGGUAUGCAGGUGCAAAUCACCUUAUUGAAAGACAGCGCAUACGCAAUUGCAAUCCGAAUGGCUCAUGUCCUGGCCGAUGCUCAGACUUUGAUGGUAUUUGUGCAUCAGUGGGCGGCUGCAAGUAGAGCUGCGUUUGGUUCAGAAUAUACAGAAUCAUUGAUGGGCGCUCCAGUCUUUAAUCCAGUACUCUUAGACUCCCAUGCCGCCGGGGAUAUUGAUGGCUCAGCGCCGGAUCCGGGACUGAUUGCGACAGCGCGUGAACUGCCACUGCACCGGUUCGACUGGUGGAAGACGGACGAUCCGGGAUAUCCGAAGCUAAUGGUGCCCAAUACGCUGAACUCGAUGCCUUCGCCUGAGCUGCUGGACGGCAUCGAAGUCUCUCCGUCGACAUCUGCUCCAUGGACGACGUGGGACCUGUCCAGGCCGAUCUGCUAUACACAAAUCCAUUUCUCAGGGGAACAGCUAGCAGAUAUCAAACGCAAAGCGCUAGCGGAAGGCCGAGGGGAUAUCUCUCGACUCGACGCAUUGCUAGCCCACCUCUGGAUCUCUAUCAACCGCGCCAGGAGUCUCGCCAAUUGCCCCGACUCCGUCUUUAUGGAUCUCUCUAUCGGCGCUCGAACACGCGUCUCGCCUCCUCUCGCCGACACGUUCCUCGGAUCACCGCUCUUCCUCACUCACGUAGGCACCUCAGCAAAGGCCCUUUGCGCUGCAUCCAUCGGAACCAUUGCCAGCCGAAUCCGGCAGACAGUGGCCCUAUUUACGCCGGAGAAGCUUGGCGCAAUGCUCCACGAUGCCGCAUACGAGGUCUCACCGCAGCGGCUGUGGCAGGCAUUCUUGGGGUCCCGGCAUGUCCUUGUGACCUCCUGGCUGCGACUGAAAGUGUACGAAGUGGACUUUGUGGGCGAUAGAAGCCGUCCGCGGUAUGUGCAUGCCGUUUUGCCCAAGCUGGAUGGGGAGGUGCAGGUUAUGGAGUCGGGGGUUGAUGAUAAGGGGAUGGAUGUGGCAUUGUAUCUGGAGGAAGAGGUCAUGGAGAGGUUCCUGGCUGACCAAAGGCAGUUCACGGCGUAG